AUUGCAUCCAGCAUAUGGCUUUAUCAGGUCCAGAAUACGUUCGCGGUCGGACAUGCCCAGUCGGGCGAGAACCCAGAGCUUCGCACGCUGUUCUUCCGGUUGGCCCGCCUCCUCCGGCUCCUGGUGCACGCAACGUUCGUGUUUGACGGCCAGGACCGGCCCCCGAAGAAGCGUGGAAAGAAGGUCAUCAAAACGAGUCAUUGGAUGGUUGCGGCGAUGAAGCAGUUCAUCGAUGCGUUUGGAUAUGACUGGUGGAUGGCGCCAGGAGAAGCAGAGGCAGAGCUUGCGCUCAUGAAUUCGUUCGGCAUCUUCGACGGAGUGCUGACAGAUGACAGCGACACAUUGCUGUUUGGAGCGCAGGUGGUCAUCCGCAACAUCGUGUCUUGUACAUUUGCCGAUGAGGCUCACUCGGCUCUACGCAGCUAUUCGGCAAAGGAUCAGAUGCUCACAGUUGUGAGCGCGGAUAGUAUCUUCAAGCAUCAAGCUCUUCGCCUUACCCGUCCGGGUAUGAUCCUGUUUGCACUGCUUACAGACUCACAGUUCCUACAGACUGGCUUGCAGGGCUUUGGGCCUCGAGUUGCAUGUGGCCUGGCACGCUACGGGUUCGGUGAACGCUUGUGCGAGGCCGUCCGGAAGCUUCAUGGCGAUGCCCUUUCGCAGUUCCUAUCAAGUUGGCGGGAUGAUCUACGUGUCACCCUGCGCACGGACAACCUCAAGCUCCUAGGCAGGCGAUAUCAAAGUUUAUCGGAUCGUAUCCCAGACACAUUUCCAAACCUUGCGGUCGUCGACUUGUACCGAAAUCCCGUAACAUCGCCACUGGAAGACUUCGAGAAAACCCCGGCUCAACCACCCGAUGUCGCCAGCCUCGGCGUUCUUUGUGAACGCUACUUCUCAUGGGGCACUCCCUCGGGUAUCAUCGAACGCUUUGGGAAUUGUCUACUCCCAGGCGUUGUGCUGCGAAGUCUCAUCAAGUGUGCAAUCAAUCGGGAU